UGGUUGCCGGAUUAAUCAUACCGAACGCAGCGUCGGAGUCGAACGUAUCGAUUGUAUCGAUCGAAUUCCGACCGAUCAGCACCGCUAUGAAGUCUCGUUUAGCGAUUUGUCUAUUGUUCGCUUGUAUCGUCUGUCAGUUGAGCUCGGUCGUUGCGCGAGAGAUCUACAAGGAAGACGAUGAUCUAGCUGUGGCAGCCUCCCAUCAUCAUCAUCAUCACGAAGAGGGUGAUGGUGGAGAGCAUCAUUCUGAUCAUCACAGCAAUCACGGUGAUAAGGGUGAGAAAGGCUACAAGUCGUCUCACCAUCAAGAGAAAGGGGAAAAGGGACAUCAUGACAAAGAUCAUCACAGUGGUCAUUACGACGAGGGUGAAGGUCACAAGAAGAGUCAUCAUCAUGACGAUGGUUAUUAUUCUGAACACCAUAAAGGAGAAAAGGGGGAGAAAGGACACAAAUUCCACGAAGAAGGUCACUAUGGGAAAGGACACAAGACGAAGGGACACCACGAAGUUCAUAAAUUAGACGAAUUUAAGAAGGACAAAGAAUUCUUCGAUGAACACCAUGAUUCUGGACACCAUGAAGAUCAUGGUGGUCAUUACCACGAACAUGGUCACAAGAAGGGUGGACACUUUAAGAAGGGACAUCAUGAUCACGGAGAUCACGAGGAUCAUUAUGGAAAGAAAGGACAUUAUGAAAAGGGACACCAUCAUCACGAUGAUAAAGGACAUAAGAGCGAAGGUGGGCACGAUGAGCAUCAUAGUCAUCACUCUCAUCAUGGCAAGAAAGGAGGACACGAUGAUCACAAGUCGUGGGGAUUCAAGAAAGGGCAUUAAGCAUGAUUCUUAUUGAUUGUUAUGUUUGUUGAACAUCGUGUUAUGUUGAUCUUUGUAUCCGAUCGAAAUAAAUACAAUUUCUAAAAGAAA